GAGUCAGUCAAGCAGAACACAGGUACAACAAAUACGUCAGGUACGGAAGAAUCUGUCGGGCCUGGGUCGGUCCUUUAAUUGUUUGGGGGAAACGAUUACCCGACAUUCGGUAAUUGUGAUAUUGAUCCCGCCUAUGUAAACAUUCGCAGACCGGACAUCGAGAGAGCAGACGACCGCGGUGAGAAGCAGUCGAAAACUGACCGACGUCUCGAUCGGAUCUACAUGUACACACCGGAGCAAUGGCAAUGUUUAGGAAGUGAAUCUCUCACAGGUCAACAGCCACACUAUGUCUUCUAUGUGCUUUUCGCGGUGUUACACUGCGCAUGACCGGAAAAUUGCACAUCUAUUUGGGCGUUAUGGUCGACUAAUCGCCCGCCACCCCUGGAUCGUCAUCAUCUGUUCCAUCGUAUUGAGUCUUCUUUUAGGCAUCGGUCUUCUCCGACUUGAGUUCGAACUUGACCUUGAAACCCAGUAUCUCCCAGAGAACAAUGAGGCUUCACUGGACCGUGAAAUCCUGAGGAACGUGUUCAAAUCGCUCAACCAUGACAAUUUCCUGAUCCAUACUUUAGCAGAUGUUGGAAUUUUUGCGGAAGUUAUCAUAAAAUCCACGAAUGGCCAAAAUGUAUUAGAUGGAAACGCUUAUCAAGAUGUUUUACUAAUUAACGAUUACAUAACAAAGAAAAUUAAGAUUUUGGACCAGUCAAACACUGAAAUAUCGUACCAAUCUCUCUGUGCAACAAAUAACGGAAAAUGUGUUGUGUUUGGCCAAGAACUUCUUGUUUCUGACUUCCAACAAGAUCUGCGAACAGGGAACGUGACCUUCCCACUGUACAGACGAACCAUAUUGGUUUCCUCGAUGCUUGGAAGGGUGGUCUAUAAAGACAAUCGCCUCGUGUCGGCAGAGAUGAUAAAGCUGAGGUAUUAUCUCCAGGAAAAUUCCGAAAAUGAUGGUCAACUAUCAGAAAAGUGGAUUAAGGAAUUUGCCCGUCGGAUGGAAGAAUUUCAGACAAAUCACACAGAAAUUGCAUACUCCUACCACAAUGCAUUGGACGAUGAGGUUGCUCGGAGCUCUAUGGCCGAGGCCCAUCUGUUCAUUAUCACAGUUGGCCUCAUGGUUACCUAUGCGUCUAUCAUAACUGCUGGGAGACGCAUCAAUUGCGUCUACGAUCGCCAAAACCUGGGACGCGUCGGCGUCUUCUGUGCAAUUCUCUCAAUGGUUCCGGCGGCGGGAAUCGCAAGUGCUUGUGGUGUAAAGUUCAUGAACUCUGUUGGAGUGAUGCCUUUUUUAAUAAUAGGUAUUGGUAUCAACGACAUGUUUAUCAUCAUGUCAGGGCAUGCGCAGACAAUAGGACAAGAGCUGAGUGUGGAGGAGAGGAUGGACCGCACCCUGAGGACUAGCGGCCUCGCUAUCACCAUCACCUCUCUCACUGACCUCCUGACCUUCUUCAUCGGUUACACGUCCUCCUUCAGAACCAUUCAGAACUUCAGUGUGUACACGGGUUUGGCCGUUUUCUUUUGUUACGUAAACCAGCUGACAAUUUUGGCACCAUCUAUCGUCAUACACGAGCAAUGGAUGAACGCGGCAAAGCAUUCCGUGACGUGCAAGUCCACAAAGCCCCGGGGCCAGCUUCGGGCCGAGGGGUAUUCCGCCUGUUACGUCACCUGUUGCUCUGGGGAGAAACCCACGUCACGCGCAGAUCUUGAGAGUGUGCUAGAAAGCUAUCCCAAACGUUUUGUACAGUUCUUGGUCCGAAACAAAGUUUCCAAAAUUUUUAUUUUUGUUGUGUACUUGUGUUACCUAGCCGUAUCUGUGUGGGGAGCUACGUCCCUUAGACAAGGAUUUAGAUUCUCGGAUUUGGCGUUAGAGGGCUCUGCCUACUAUAAGGCUAGUGAUUGGGAUUUUGAGAAUUUUAAAUGGGAAAUUCCGCUUCAGAUUGUUUUUACUGCUCCCGUUAACUACGAAGACAGUGAAACUCGAAAACAAAUUUUCAGUUUCAUAGAAAAGCUUAAACAGGAGCCAUUAAUAAAAGAAACCCCAGAGAUCAAUUGGUUAUCGACAUAUGAGACUGUCCUCGGUAACAGAACAUUCGGGGACAAGUUUGAAUCUCUAAGACAUUACUUGAAUAAUUCGAGGAUCUUCAGCGAGGACGUGAAGUUCUCGACGGAUUUCUCUUCUAUAGAUCUUUCCAGGUUCUACUUGUUCUCGGAGAACUUAAGGACUAGUGAAGUACAGGGACAGUUCCUGCUGAGGAUCCGGGAGCUUGAGCAGUCCUCUCCGAUCCCCUGCUUUAUUUACUCUCCACUCUUUGUUUUCUUCGAGCAAUACGCCAUCGUAGUGAGGAGUACGCUGCAGACAGUCGGCAUUGCUAUAGCCGCCAUGUUUGUGGUGUCCUGCUUAUUCAUGCCACACCCACUUAUCGUUACCUUGGUGACCGUGUCCCUAGUAUCCAUCCUUGUGGGGGUGUUCGGCUUUCUCCCAUUCUGGGGACUCAACAUCAGCUCAGUUACAAAAAUAGAACUCAUUUUAUCUGUGGGCUUUUCUGUUGACUUUAGCGCCCAUCUGUGUCAUGCUUAUCUGACGUCACAGUCACAUAAGCGGAAGGACCGCGUUCGAGAUGCGCUUGAAUUGGCUGGUGGUCCCAUCAUCAAUGGGGCGCUCUCUACCAUUAUCGGCCUUUUUAUGUUGAUUUUCUCUAACAGUUUUAUCUUCCAGUCAUUCUUUAAAGUGUUGUUCACGGUCAUUGCGUUUGGACUUAUACAUGCAGUACUCUUUUUACCCGUAUUUCUGUCUGUAAUCGGACCAAAAGUUCGCAUUUUACCGGAGACCGAGCCCGGUCUCAGAGUGGAAUUACAUAACGGAGGAAAUCUCGAUCAGUGUAACGGGGCGCAGCAUCCACUGGUUCUGAAGGAAAACACCUAGAUGUGAAGAUCUACAGUCACAGAGUGACCCGUAUCUCCGUCCAUAAAUCAAGCUCAAAACGAGGACCCCAUAAAUACAGAUCGAGUCGGUUUGUUUUUCCGGCAUUGGUGAACAGUCUUCAAAAGACUCUAAAUCAUCUGUUGUCGGGAAUGAGGUUUUAAUCUAAAUGGCGUUGACAAAUUUUAUGGCAUAACGAUGAUCUUGCGUUUUUGCUGCAUGAAUUGAAUAGUAAUAGACUCUUGUAAUAUAUAUAUGCAUUUCUAAACUGCAGGGAUAAAAACAAAUCAGAUUAAGAAACAACUGACUUGAUAUACACCUUUAUAAGUAAGGAUAUAU